UAUUGAAUAUGCGCACCUUGGUUUACUUUCCAGGUUCAUCGGUUACAGAUAUCCAGUUAUUAAUUGAGGGAUUCCAGAGCAUCUCAAGAUGUGCAGCCUCUUCCACCGUCCGGCCUUCUUCGGCUUUUGCUUCACCCUCUUAUUGAUCCUCCAGGUCAGCGUGGGGAUCUACAUCGGCGGGAUUCUGACCACCCUGGAGACGCAGUACCGCAUCAAGUCCGCGGUUGCCGGCAUCGCCGUCUCGACCAGCGACAUCGCCAGUCUGAUCUCCAUCCUCGCCGUGACUUAUGUGGGGAAGAGCUGGCAUCGGCCGCGGAUCAUCGGGAUCCUCGCAAUCAUGACCGGCCUGGGUGGGAUUCUUAGCGGGAUGCCUCACUUCAUCUACCCGGCCUACAGGGAAACUGGAUUCUUUUCCGCCGGAAAUGGGACGAACUUUACGAGCAUCACUCAGUGUGAUGCCGAGCGAGAGGCCCCGGAAUGCGAGGCCGGGGAAGGGGGGUCCCGGAUCACCGAGAUGUGGGCCUUGUUUCUCGGUCAGGCUAUCAUGGGACUGGCUUACGGCCCACUGUUCCCUAUCGCCCUGACCUACCUGGAUGAUCAAGUCAAGGGAAGCACCACACCGUACUACAUAUCGUUCUUCUUGACGGCAGGUUCAGCCGCCACUAUAGUCGGUUUCGGCCAGGCGUUCUUGUUCCUCACACAGUUUGUCAACUGGCCGGCCAAGUUCGACCCUACUAUUCACCCGGAGUGGAUCGGCGGCUGGUGGAUAGGUUUCAUCCUGGACGGCAUCAUCAUCCUUGUCGUCGCCAUCCCGUUCUUUUUCUUCCCCAAGGAGAUGGAUGUUUACAUCAGGGAGGAGGACAUCCCGCCCGAGAGACUGGCUAGGGAAGGAACAGGGGGCCAAACAGUUACCCAGCUUGGGGUCAAGGAUUUCAUGUCCUCCACCAAGCGAAUCGGCACCAAUGCCGUCUUCAUGCUGCUCAUGACGUCAACCAUCUUUGAACUGGCCGUCUCUGCUUCCUUCGGGUUUUUCCUGCCCAAGUUUUUCGAGAUCCGAUACAACGUUGCUCCUGCGUUUGCUGCUUUGCUUGUCGGCAUCCUCGUGACGCCCGGAGCAGCUAUGGGCAAUUUUUCCAGCGGCUUCAUCGUCAAGAAGCUCAAGUUGACCUCCAAGGGCUGUGGGUCCAUGAUCUUGGGCCUGACCACCAUCGUCACCUGCUGUAUACCGGUCAUCUAUUUCCUAGGCUGUCCGGAGGAAAACUAUGUUGGUUACGUCGAUGGCGUUUUGAGCAUUGAUACUGAGUGCAAUAUGAACUGUGGAUGCACCAUCGAUCAGUUUAAACCCGUCUGCGUAGCCGACGAGUACGCGUACGUCACUCCGUGCUUAGCAGGCUGCACCGGCAUACGCGAGGAAACUUCAAGGACGGAUGACCCUGAAGUCAACCUAACGCUUACGUUUUACACUGGAUGCUCUUGCACCGCCGAUUUGGAGAUCGCCAGCGGGCCUACCUCGGAGGUGAGCGACGGCAAGUGUUUAGCUACAUGUGACAAGAUAUUCUACGCUUGUGCGCUGCUCUUCCUCAUCGUGUUGUUUGGUUCUAUGGUGCAGAAUCCUCUUGUCAUCAUGCAAAUGAGAGCUGUUGGAAAAGACAAAACGUUCGGCCUCGGUAUCUCAGCAUUCUUCAGCCGAGCUUUAGGGUUCCUACCAGCUCCAUUGUAUUUCGGCGCAGCUAUUGAUGGCGCCUGUGUCCUGGAACGCGAUGAGUGCGGAGAAAAAGGAGAUUGCCUCGUCUACAACUCCGAACUCUUCAGUGUGACGUUCCUUGGGAUCUUCUAUGGCCUGAAGCUCUGCAACCUGUUUUUCUACCUCAUGGCAACACUUGCUGCAGUCUGUCGGGACAGAAAUGCAGCAAAGGAGGGCGAGGACAUCAAGAACCGCAAAGAUAUCGACGUGGAAGUGGACGGUGUAGAUAACAAAGGUUAUGAUAACACUGCAUUCUGAUUCCAUGCCAUCUCAUAACAAAUUGGAGUUUAGAGACGGAAGCGCCCUCUGUUGGUAUGAAUUGGGGAAUCACAGUCAAAAUAGUCUUGUUUAAUACCUACACUGAGCGUUUAAUAAGCCCAUACAAAGUCUUAAACAAACCCAGGCUAUAGCCGUCGUUUUGUUCUGAAAUAUAAGAUUUAUGCUAUUGCCCAACAUAUUCUCAUCUAUUUCUUUUUGAAUACAUAGAGAAGUUAUUUUAUACUGUUGAUAUAUUACAUCAAUAUUAUGCUAUCCCGUUUGUCAAAAUCUCAUAUUUUGGUGUUUUUAAUCUUACCGAAUUACUUUGUGUUAAUGGUUUUUUUUUAUAAUCUUUUGUAAUUUUUUGGUGAUAAGGAACUUUUCAUACUAUAAUUUGUUGAAAGAAAAAUAUCGGAAGUAAUUGUGGAAUUUGAUUGUGGCUUUUAAUUUCUGAUGUCUAAAACACUCUAUCAUUUUUUGUAACUAAACAUUUUUUCCGUAAAAAUAUAACCAUUUUCUAUAUUCCAUAUUCAAAAUAGUGUUUUGUUUUCUUACAAAAUGCGACAGAACACCGUUCAUUACUGUUUUGUAUAAACUCAUCGUCAAACAAAACAAUAAAGUCGUUUGUUGUUGGUGUACUGUGAGCAAAAUGAAACAAAUAUUUAACGACUUUAAGUAAAUAUGUAUUGAAUAUACUUAGUUUUAUAUAAAUAAAAAAUGAGUACACAGUGAGGAGGCAAUUGAUUUCAUUCAUAUUUUGUAACCAAAUUAGCCGAUGUAAUAUACGUUUCUAUAAUUGUACACGUGGAACAUUGAGUGAAGUGGCAAAUUUUUAAAGCUCAUUU